UUUAUCGAUACCAGCGAUGACACCAGCCCCUCCACCCUUGGCGCCCAUGUCGCCGAUGGCUCCGUCACCGGUGGGUCUGCUUUCGCCCGUCAGGCAGCUCAUCCCAAGCAGGCAGCCGUCACCCGCGAAGCAAAUGACGCCCGAGGAAGUGCUCUCACCCCCGCCUGUGAGCCCGUUGCAGUCGAAAGCAAGUUCGUCGAGAUCGGCGAUGCAUCAAAGGCCGCCAAGCCCCUUGGGCCAGGCGCCGCAGAGCUCCGGAAGCGCCAGUUCCAGCUCGGAUUCCGGCUCGGAUUCCGGUUCCGACAGCAGCGACGACUCCGAGGAUGAAACUGGCAGCACGCAGCCGGCCAAGGGCCCCUCCACUCCCCCCUCGGUAUCACCAAAGAACGAAAAUCUGAUCGAAGAGCCGCUGCCUGCGAUCGAGGAGUCGAAGCCACGGUGGAACCUCAGCUCGUUCUUCAACAAGACCGCGGUGCCUCACGGGGAGCAGAACCCGGAGAACAAGCAGUCGCAGGAUCGCAGCAGCAGGCGUGACGAGUCUUCGAUGACGGCGUCGAACCCCAGGACGUUGAGGGACAAGGCGACCCACGACUGGCAGCUCAGCGACGCCGUGAAGAGCAAGCGUAACACCACCGCGAUGCUCAAUUUGCUAGACAGCGACAGCGAUCGUCCGUCGGAUCAGGAAAAACGUCCGGCGGAGCAGACUCUUCGCGUCCAACCAGAGAAACCGAAGGUGGUAGUGGUCACGGACGCGAGGAAACGUGGCCGACCGAGGAAGCCGACGAAGAGCCCGAAGGGCGGCGGCGGCGGCGGCGGCGGUCAUCGAAUUGCGGAGGAAACUCUGAAAAACGGCAAAGCUCGUAGCCGAGCCAGAGGAGUGGGCAGCCCGAAGAAAAAGGCGCCUCUCUCGAAGCCGAUGAUAACGACCAGCGACGACGGAAGCGACGACAGAUCGCAAGGGGAGUCCAGCGACUCGGACAGCGAUCGGACAGCGACAACUCGCAGGGUAUCGCCCGUUGUCGUCGCGGCAAUGAACGAAAAGAGGUCUAGGCUGAGUGGCUCCUCGGAGAGCGAAGACGAAAGCCCACUGAAUAGAAAGAUCAUCAACACUGAAGAUGAUAGUACCGCACGUUGGAGGAGAAUGCCCCUUAAGAGAAGCAAACUGGCAGACUCGCCAAAGAAGCAAGAGAAGAAACCGACAAAGGGGAAACCGACGAGGAGGUCCAACACGCGGGUCACCGUCUCUGAUUCCGACAGCGAGUCUGAGAUGUCUGUGAGGAAUCGUCAGGUCGCAUGGGUACCUCCGAGGCCAAGGGCACCGCCGACUCGGGCCACUUCACCGGAGAAUUCCGACAGCGACAACAGUCCGGGCUCGAAGUUGCAGGAGGAGGACGCGGGCAACGUGCAGGACAAGAAGAAGAGCGACACUCUUCGAAAAGUGUUCUCAUCGUCCAUGGGCGGAGGAAAGGUCGGAGGUAAAGGAGGCAAAGGUGGCAAAGGCGGAGGAAAGUGUGGCAUCUACGUGGAAGAGUACACAGCCUCUGCGAACACACCGACGGGAGGGGAGAGUCCUUACAAGAGGCCGGCGUCACGGUCGUCCAGCAUGAUGAUGCAGUCUUUCCCCCCGCUCACCUACGUGAACGGCGUGCCGAGUUUGUUCUGCAGGAUCGACUUGAAUAAACUUCCGCACAUAUCGCAGCUGUCGAGAGGGCAAGAGUUGAGACAGCGCACGGAACUUCCAGAUACGAGGCCGUCGUCGAGGCAAACCUCGUCUCAUCAACCCCCUCGGCCACCCACGCCGGAGGAGGGGGAAAUCGUCGACACGCCGCCGCCUCAACAGCUAGCCUCCGACCCGAGGAUUCACGGCGACGGGUUGCUAAUUGACGGUGAUCUGAAGAACCGCGCUGUGAUCAAGGGCGAAUUUAUAUCGGACACGAAGAAUAAUUGCGGCAUCGGCCACGGCGCUGGUAUUGUCGGUGCAGAUGCUAGUGGAAGUGGCAGUAGUGGUGCUAACGCUACGUGUAGCGCACCCAAGAGGAAACGUAAUCCGAGUUGUAGUUCUGUGUCCAGUUUAAGUACUGUGUGCUCUGUGGAGUCAAAGUCGAACGCGGAACACAAAGACAGCAAAAAGAGAAAGAUCAAUGAUAUUGACGUUGACCCCGUCGUGUCUGGGCCAUCUUGCAGCCAGGUAUCCGAUAAAUUAGAUUUCCUGUUUUCGUUGAAUUUCGCUCGACGUUGCCCGACCCUGAGCGAUGGUAUGGUUAUCGAUAUGGGUAUGGAGCAACAAAUUGAUAUACAACCGACGAAUCAUGAACGGGAAGAGAAUCUUGACACCGAUUUAUUGCCGCCACCACCUCCACCUCAGCGCUUAUUUUAUUCCUACUUCAAUCCACAAAAUGAAGUUCUAGAUGAUCAGGACAGGUGGGACCAAAAUCAGUACCUGAUGGAAGCCAAACGACUGAAGCACAGCGCUGACAAGGAGUGCGAGAUCAUAUCGCAGGGUAUGCUUUACCUAGAGGCCGUCUUGUGCUUCCUACUUACUGGUAACGCUAUGGAGUCCGAUCCUAUAACUGAGAGAGCGUCGUUUACCAUGUUCAAGGAUACGCUCAGCCUCAUCAAGGUUCUCCGGGAACACCGAUACCAGAGGGACAUGGAACCCCGUGUUUGUCACCGACACCAUCGCCAGCCGGUUCCGUGGGUUCCGUUGGUAGCCAGAGUUCUGGAUACAGCAGCGGCGAAUUGGCGAAUCGAGCUGCUUCUGGUCAACCAGGAGCUACCAUUACUAUUCCACUUAAUAUUUAUAACGCCAUGAGCAGGCAACAUUACAACUUUGGCUUGCUACUGAACUGUCUCGAACUAUGGGACCAGGCAAAUAGUCUGGUGACAGAUAAGCACAGAGAUUUCUUUAUCGAGCUGGAUGAAAAAUUAGGCCCUCUCACGCUGAAAAGCUCUUUGCGUGACCUGGUGCGCUACGUCCAAGCCGGUAUAAAAAAGCUUCGGGAUCUCUGACCACAGUGGCAUAGUCCCAGACCGCCCACCCCAAAUUUUAUUACUUCUCUCCCGCAAAACAUGGCCACGUAUCCAACAAUGUACAUGUAAACGAUAUGUAUGAAAUGAUCCUUAUUGGAUUUGAAAUAUAUACGAUUGGCAAUCAUGUGCUUUCCUAGUAAUGUGUAACGCGCGUUAAGAAAACACGCCGAACAUAAGAAAAAGAAACUAGAAGAAAAGAAAGCAAAACAGGGAGAGAAGUCUAGAAUAUUCUAAACGAAUAUAAUAAUAGAAUUGUUUGGGUGAGGCGUAACAGUUUAAUAUGGUCUGGGCAGUAAUGAAAAGACCACUAUAUUCGAUAUAAUUACAUUCGAAAGUUGUAAUCGCUACUUUCGUCGUUAGGAGAAUUUUUUUUUUUUUUAAAUUGUUUGCACCAACUUUAUAGUCAAUUCAAAGUUACUCUUCUAUCGGUUAAGAGAACUGAAAGAAGGAUCGUCACGGAUCCGCUAUCGGUGCGUAGAGAGACACAGCCUCUCGUAUCCUGUGUGUAACACGCGUUACUCAUUUUCGAGUGUGAAAUGGCAAUACGAAAAUCCGUGGGAAAGGACCGAGAGAUGAAAUAGCAGAGAAGGAAUAUAUACGUACGAGAAGAAAAGAAAGAAAGAAAGAAAGA